AUGGAUGGGAAUGAUUCUGGCAAUAUAAGCGGCAAUGUUGAGUUCCCGCUGAACGGCACCACUGAAGAGGAUAGGUGCGAAAAAAUUGAGCCAUUAGAGCGAACACUUGUUGCCGAGGAGGACCGUACCUUGGAUAUGGUCGACAUCGAAUCUGUCCAACAAGAGGAAAUACGUCGAAUUGAAGAGGCAGUUAACAGUUUGACUGAAGAUCUAGAAUUACCUCGAGCUUCUGACCAGCGGAUUUCUUCGACUGACGAGGACUACUGCGUGUCACCAGCCGUCCUUCUGGAUGACUCGAUGAUUCCUCUCGUUGGGACUCCUCAUCCUAUGGCUUAUAUCCCUAUGGAGGAGGUGUUCACAUUCAUAGAUCGACGUACAAAUCAGGAGUUACCUGCGAUCUCGGAGGAAAUUGAGGGUCGUUCACGGAACUCUUCCGAUGGUAAAGUCCUUGAGGCAGAUGAGCCUGUCCACGAACCGAUGCGAGCAACGUCAAAGCCAGAUGUGGUGCCUGAGCUUGACUACCCGCUUCUGUAUGACACCGAAAUUCCCGCUGGCCCGAUUCACAGGCGAGCGGUUAGUGACAACAUGGGUAUUCCGUCGGAUCGACGAACGGAGCUACGCCGAACGCAGGAAAUGGAAGAGAUCGAUCGUGCCGGCAAUGAUGUGGUCUGUCGAGUUUUUUUUUUUUUUCGGGAAAAAAUUUUGUUGUGGGUCGUUCCCAUUUGUGAGAAAAUUGUUGAAUCCUAG